AUGUACGUCUGGGUCUUACCAUGUGUAAACUCUUCCUUCCCUCUCUCACCUCCUCCUCCCCUCUCUCAUCUCCUUCCCUCUCUCACCUCCUCCUCCCCUCUCUCACCUCCUUCCCUCUCUCAUCUCCUCCUCCCCUCUCGCACCUCCUUCCCUCUCUCAUCUCCUCCUCCCCUCUCUCAUCUCCUUCCCUCUCUCACCUCCUCCUUCCCUCUCUCACCUCCUCCUUCCCUCCUCCUUCCCUCUCUCACCUCCUCCUUCCCUCUCUCACCUCCUCCUUCCCUCUCACCUCCUCCUCCCCUCUCUCACCUCCUUCCCUCUCUCACCUCCUCCUCCCCUCUCGCACCUCCUCUAGGGCCUCCCUCCGCCCCCGUGAACCCCAUCUCCUCGGUGAAUGGCACCUCUGUGAACCUGGAGUGGGAGCGGCCGAUGGACACUGGGGGGCGCUCUGACCUCCUCUACAGCGUCCAGUGCCUGCGGUGCUCUGGGGAGGCUCCCUGUGAGGACUGCAGCUCCUCUCCGGGGGCGGGUGCGGCGGCAGCAGGGGGCGGGGGGAAGCCCUCCGGAGGCGCAGGUCUGGGCGUGGCCGGGGCGAAGGUGGAGCGGUCCGGGACGGCGGUGGUGAGGUUCAUCCCGCGGCAGAAGGAGCUGACCGAGCGCUGGGUUACGGUCCUCAACCUGGCGCCCCACAGCAACUACUCGUUCAGGAUUGUGGCCUCGAACGCCGUGAGUCAGCUGACCGGCGAGCGCCAGCCGUACGCCGUGGUCAACAUCACCACGAACCAGGCAGCUCCGUCAGAGGUGGUGUCGGUGCGUCAGGAGAACACGAGUCAGAACAGUGUGACUCUGAUGUGGCACGAGCCUGAUCAACCCAACGGCGUCAUCCUCGAAUACGACAUCAAGUACUACGAGAAGAGCUUUCUCUACAGACUCUACAGACCCAGAGCUUUCUCUACAGACUCUACAGACCUAGAACUUUCUCUACAGACUCUACAGACCCAGAGCUUUCUCUACAGACUCUACAGACCUAGAGCUUUCUCUACAGACUCUACAGACCCAGAGCUUUCUCUACAGACUCUACAGACUCAGAGCUUUCUCUACGAACUCUACAGACCCAGAGCUUUCUCUACAGACUCUACAGACCUAGAACUUUCUCUACAGACUCUACAGACCCAGAGCUUUCUCUACAGACUCUACAGACCCAGAGCUUUCUCUACAGACUCUACAGACUCAGAGCUUUCUCUACGGACUCUACAGACCCAGAGCUUUCUCUACAGACUCUACAGACUCAGAGCUUUCUCUACGGACUCUACAGACCCAGAGCUUUCUCUACAGACUCUACAGACCUAG